GACCGGAGAGGGCGGAGAGUGGGCGGUGACAUGGGCUGAAGAAGAGGUGUACUCCCCAGGAGCGGCCAUGUUUGAGGGCCUGAUGGAGCUGGGUAGACAGUCGACCGUGUACAGCUUCAGUCUCAGUAACCUCUUUAUCAUCCUCGGCCUCAAGAUGCUGGUGCUGCUGGUGCUGGGCGGCGGGUUGGGCGUGGGCGUGGGCCGGUCCAUGGGCGGCGAGGAGGCGCCCUGGGUGGACGGCACCGACGCCCUCUUCCUCACUACCUACCUGGUCAGUGAGAACCAGGACCGCUACGACUGUCUCAACCGCCUGGCUUGUCUCGACCACUACAGAGCCCACGACCUCCUCACAGCUGCCAGGAUGAUGAUCAAGGCCGCCAAGUAUCUCAAGCCGUACUUUGACUUCUCACUGGACAAAUACGAGCGAGUAUCGUGGAGCGUGGAGGACGCUAUCUACUACAAGUAUGGUGGAGGAUCUUGUCACACCCGCUAUCCUUGCCACGCCAUGCCUAGCCUCUAGUCACAUCAUGCAUUGCAUAGCCUCUAGCCUCACCAUGCCUGGCAUCUACCAUCAGCUGCUACGCCUGCCACGCCAUGCCUAGCCUCUAGCCACGUCUGAUCAACACCACCUCGGCUAGUCACCACUACCACGGCUGAUCACCACCACCACUGCUGGUCACCAAUAAUUUAGUCCACAAGUGGAAAAUGUUGAUGAUGUUGAAUGUUACCAGAAGCCAAAAGUACAAACCAUUCACGAGAUUAUCGCUGCAUCAGUGAGGUGUGUCAGAGCUGGCGCUGCCGGUAAACAAUUAUCAAAAGAAGGCGCCAAAGCCGGGAAGCCCAAGUAGCACCGUCAGUGUCGCUAGAAAAUCAAAAGGCGCUGAAUAUUACCGAGGAUGCCAAUACCAGAACAAAACACAUAAGGCAAGCGAUAUUAGACUCACCAUUGAUUCUGUCGAGGGACAGAAUCCGGUCGGCCAAUCUGGACAUUCCACAAGGAUGUGCACGACAGUAAGUGGGACAACAAAGAUCAGGGCGGCGUUCCAUUAAAUGCGCGAGUUAAACAUUAUAACAGAUACGUAGAGACGUCCCCCAUUGCUUGUUAAGAUGUUAAGGAGGAGGCCACUGGGAUUGACUACCUUUAAAAGUGCGCAGUUUAUUAACUGUAAUGCCUGACCAUCGACCUUGCCAACGGGUACAGAUUGCAGACUGGGUAGAAAUCUUGAUAUAGAAUCUCUUAGCGGGUAAAGGGAUAGGCAUGAAUGGCCGCAAAGUUCCUGCCAGAUAAUAUUUGUAUGGCUGAGCACCCACCAGAAUGCAUACAUGUGUGUUCGAGAUACGCAUAUGUGUCUGUGUGUGUGUAUGUAUGCGUUUUAUUAGGCUUAAACGUAGUAUACACUGAAAGGCAUUUUAUUUAAUAUUUAGGUUAUUUUUUGCAAUAUUUUGCACAAAACAUUGUCUGGCUCUCUUUCGUUGCCAUG